UAUAGUAGUAUACGAACUCGAAUGCGGGUGCAGAAUAUCGGCCCUGUUCAACUACAAGAUUAUUGUUCUCGCAGCGUGUUAUCACAAUUAAGUUUUGUAUUAAAUGCGAAACUGUUAUUGAAAAUAGAGAUCGACUUGACUAUUUUAUCGACAUGCAUAAAGAACAAGCACUUUUAAAGAAUUACAUCAAAAUCACCCUGGUUGUAGGGAUAUAUUGGUGUGUUUCGAUAUUGACUGUAUUUGUCAAUAAAGCCCUGUUGUCAAGUGAUCUGAACGCUCCACUAUUUGUAACCUGGUUCCAAUGUGUUGUUACCGUCACUAUAUGUGUUCUUCUGAGCAGUUUGGCCAAAUUUUUUCCUGGGAGUGUAUCAUUUCCAAAUGGAAAUCCAUGUACUGUCAACAAUAUCAGAAAGGUUUUACCCCUAUCCAUUAUAUUUACUCUGAUGAUAGCGAGUAAUAAUCUUUGCCUGAAAUACGUAGAUGUUCCUUUUUACUACAUAGGAAGAUCACUAACAACAGUUUUCAAUGUUAUCUUCUCAUACAUCAUCUUGGGCCAAAGGACUUCAUUCGGAUGCAUUACUUGUUGCGCUAUAAUUAUAAGUGGUUUUUGGUUAGGCGUUGAUCAAGAACAAGUCGCUGGAUCGCUAUCUACAUUGGGCACAAUAUACGGUGUUCUAGGGUCCCUGAUGCUCUCUCUGUACUCGAUACAAACAAAAAAAGUCUUGCCAUUUGUUGAUCAAGAAAUAUGGCUUUUAUCGUAUUACAACAAUGUUUACAGUAUUUUUCUAUUUAUUCCGAUGAUGCUUAUAAACGGAGAGUUCGUAGUUAUUUACGAUUAUCCGAGGACAAGUGAACCCUUCUUCUGGUAUACAAUGUUAGUUGGUGGUGUGUGCGGUUUUGCCAUCGGCUACGUAACAGCAUUGCAGAUUCAAGUAACAUCACCACUUACACAUAACAUAAGCGGCACUGCGAAAGCUUGUGCACAAACAAUUUUAGCCUCAUAUUGGGUGAACGAAUCGAAACAGUUACUAUGGUGGCUUAGCAAUUUCAUCGUCCUUGGAGGAUCGGCUUAUUAUGCGAGGCUUAAGCAAAUUGAAAUAGACACAUUGUAUAAAAGAGCACACAAUUCGAGAGCAUCAUGUGGGGAAUGAGACGUGUCGCAACAAAAAAUCAUUUACUCAUGACUUUUCUACAAAGAAAUUUUUUUAUAUCACAUAUAUAUUAUUAUAUAAUUAUUAUCAAUGCCAAUAUAUUAUGAAUGCAUAAUGAAUUUUCUGAGAUUAAAUUAUACGUCUUCA